UGAGGUGGACGUCCUCACAGCUUCCAUUCUGGAUCGCUGUAACGCAGCGGCAGCCCUCAGUUCCCUCACACCCGAGCCGUCAGGCACCGCGCGCCCGCUGCCAGCCUGCCAUCGCCACUCCUUGCUGGAUAGUGUAUUCUCUUCACCCUUUUGUGUGUGUUACUAUAACAAAAAAAAAAAAAUAGUGACACAAGCUUAGAAAAUAGUGAUACGAAUGUGAAGAAAAUAUGAAGGUUCGGAGUGAGGAAAAAUAGAAGUCACAAACGUCUUGAUCAAAAGUUUGUAAACGAAAGAUGUUUACUUCUCUGAAACCAGUGAAAGUGAAAGUAAAUAGACAAAUUUUAAACUAUAUAAUUCAUGCUGUAGGUCGUGACGGAAAAUAGUUUUAACUGCAAAACGAGAACAGCUUGAACGGGGGGCGGUCUGGGCCUGAGGGGUCGAAAGGCAGUGACCAGGAUCAAUAUUAACGCCAGAGAACGUGAUGCCUUGUUAGUGAACUGUGUCGCAGAUUUCCUGAAUUACCUAACUAGAAAGAUGUGAGUUUCCCCGCCUCAGAAAUAAAUAAAAAUGGGACGUCGGUACCCAAAUGUGUACAAGAAUAUAGUUUUAAGAGUGAAGAUUUCCAAACUGUUUCCAUCAUUAGAGCCCAAAGUUACACACAUAAUGGAGUGAAGCGAAAAGUGAGUAAGGCGUGGCGUCACGGUGACCUGGCCAAGGUGUUACGACGGGAUGGGUUGCCGCAGCUUGGUAAUGGUGAUGACCUCGUUCCUCUGGGCCACCGCGACGGCCGCCACGAAGGAGUCGGCCAUGGUGCGGUCCGUGUGGGUUGUGAGGGGAGGCCGCGCCGAGCUGCCCUGCGCCCCGACGCCCAAACAUAAGCAAGACUCGGCCCUCGUGGUGCUCUGGUACCGCUACAGCGACACCAUCCCCGUCUACAGCUAUGACGCCCGGGAGGGGGAGUUCACCUCGGGCGUCGGGUGGGCGGACGAGGGGGAGCUGGGCGGGCGGGCGCACUUCAUCCCCUCCUCGGAGCCUCCCACGCUGGUGCUGGAGCCCGCCCACGGCCGCGACCAGGGCGUGUACACGUGCAGAGUGGACUACCAGCUCUCUCCCUCCACCACGGCUGUCGUCAACCUCACCGUUGUGGAGCAGGACAAAUAA